GUGAGCGUGAACUUUCAGUUCAACCGCCAUCCUUUGAAAGUGAGUCACCGCGCCUAGACCUCACCCAGAAGGCACCCUCACCCACCUCACCUUCCCCACGGUCCCCCCUGCAGCCGCCACCCCCAUCACCAACAUUGUUCCCUACAACCGCAAGCUGGAGAACAACCGAGAGCAGAUGUUGGCAGUGCGUAACAUUGUGAACCGCACCUCCCGGCCAGCUCCCUACGUUGUGUUUGGACCCCCUGGCACUGGCAAGACUGUCACCAUUGUAGAGGCCAUCAAGCAGCUGGUGCUGAAGCUGGACCCAAACAGCCACGUCCUUGCCUGCACUCCCUCCAACUCAGCAGCUGACCUCAUCGCCAUCCGCCUGCUGGAUCAUGUACCCCGCGGCCAGGUGCUCCGGAUGAAUGCCCCCUCAAGACACCUGUGCACCAUCCCAGACAGCCUGCGGGAAGUGUCAAACUUGGACCGUGGCAUGAUCUACUUCCCCACGGACAAGAAGCUGUGGCAGUACAGGGUCAUUGUAUGCACCAUGGUCACCGCUGCCAGGGUUGUGUCGGCCAGCAUGCCCAACGGCCACAUCACACAUGUGUUCCUGGACGAGUGUGGGCACAGCAUGGAGCCUGAAGCCCUGGUGCCGCUGUCUGGCCUGGUGGGGCGGGACACACAGGUGGUGCUGGCCGGCGACCCGCACCAGCUGGGACCCGUCAUCAGGAACCCACAGUGCUUCUCAUCCUACAGCCUCUUCAAGAACUGUGGCCUGGACAAGUCGUACUUGGAGCGUGUGAUGGAGUCAGCCCCGUACCAGCCACAGCCGGGCCAAGGAUUCAACGCCCAGGUGGUGACCAAGCUGCUCAACAACUACCGCUCCCAUGCCGCCAUCCUCAAGGAGCCCAAUGACAUAUUCUACAACUCGGAGCUCAAGGUGUGUGGGGACCAGAUGCUGAUUCGCUCCCUCUGCAACUGGGAGCACCUGCCUUGCCGACAGUUCCCGCUCAUGUUCCACGCCGUCAAGGGCAAGGAUGAGAGAGAAGGAAACAGCCCUAGCUUCUUCAAUGCACAGGAGGUGUCAGCAGUGGUGGCGUGGGUGAAGAAGCUGCUGGAUUCAAAGUCCCCCAAGAUCGCCGGGAAGGACAUUGGGAUCAUCACGCCCUACAGGAGGCAGGUGGAGAAGAUCCGCACACAGCUGAGAAAGGUGCGAGGGGCGGAGAACGUGAAGGUUGGGUCCCCUGAGGAGUUCCAGGGCGACGAGAGGCUGGUGGUGGUCAUCUCAACUGUCCGAGCCUCACAGGACUACAUGGCUGACGACCACGUGUUCAAACUGGGCUUCCUUCGCAACCCUAAGAGGUUCAACGUGGCCGUGACCCGCGCCAAGGCUCUCCUCAUCGUUGUGGGCUGCCCAGAAAUCCUGUGUCUGGAUGAGCACUGGGGUCGGCUGCUGAGGUACAUCCAGCAGAAUGGCGGCUACAAGGGUCACGCCUUCACACAGAACACUGACCUGGACGACCUCAUUGCUCGCUUCAACACACUCGACCUCAGACCAGUGCUGGCUCAGGAUGUCAGUGCUCGGGAGAAGGCAGAGGCACCAGAGUGGAGGGCAGAACACUAAGACACAGAGAGAACCACUACAGACAACCAGGAACCAGCGGGAACCAAGAUCUGUUUGUCAUUCCUUCACCCCGGCAUACUUAGUGAUUCAUGCACUCUGAAACAUGUUAUUGAUGAUUUUACUGGUCCAUGCUCUUAUAUUUUAUUUUUAAGGUGGAUGUUGUGUCUGGCUGUGUUAAGUAAGGCUGGUUCAACUUCAGGAUAGGUUCAGUAUUUCCCCUUACAUUUGAGAACCUAUCUUUCAUAUAUUUUACUGCUCCAAGUGUUUCUGUUUUGUUUUUAAGCCGGGUGGAUGAGUCUGGAUACAUUAACUAAGGCUGGUUCAAGUUUACUGUUGGUUCCGUCUCAAAACUUGCUCAUCUUUAAGAAUGCACCAUAUUUCACUCCACAUCUAUUUUACUCUGGGUGCAUUCACUAAGCCAGGUUCAAAUCAAGAGCAAGUUCACUUUUACAACUCACUCUUUCAACAUGUAGAACCUUCAGUAGUCAGAUAUUUUACUACCACACAUCUGACUACAUUGUAUUUUUAAGUUUGCUGGAUUGUCUGGCCACAUUGACUAAGCCAGGAUCAAGUUUAGGUUCAGAUAUCAAGAACCUACACAUUACUACCCAUUACUAGUGUGUCUUUAGUUUACACUCCCCCUUAGUUCCUCCCCCAGAAUCAUGAAGUGAAGGCUAUUUGGGGACAGGGGAGCAUGUUAGCCUAAGUUAAUUUAAGACUGUGAUUAAGGAAACUGAUAAUUGAAGGUCUGUAAGGAAGAAGACAGGGAGAGGAUGGAAAGAAGAGGAGGAGGAGGAGAAGGGAGGUGAUGAUUGAAGCUUUGUAAGGACAAGGAUAAGGUGGAAAGAAGAGGAGGAGGAGAAGAAGGGAGUAGUGAUUGAAGGUCUGUAAGGAACAAGACAUGGAAAGGAUGAAAAGAAGAAGAGAAGAAAGGAGUUCGUGACAGAGUUUGUAAGAAGGAAACAUAGAGAGGAUGGAAAGAGAAGGAGGAGUAGGAGGAAGAGGAAGAAAAGGAAGCUACACAGUUUGAAGCAGAUAAAUUUUUGCUUUUCUUGUGUCAACUAUUUGUGUGUGUAAUGUUUAAGUAUUGAAUCAUGAAAACACAGGCUACUCAACACUUCAGAAAAUAACUAUAGGAGAGAGAAUUGGAGAGAAGAAUGGCUGUGAUUAGACAAGAAGGAUUAGAGAGAGAGAGAGAGAGAGUAUGACAGAAUAGAGAAAACAUAAAAAAACUGAUUACUAAGAGAGAGAGAAUGUAAAAUAAAACGAAUAUUAGAGAAAAUAGAAAAAAUAACUGAUUGCUGAGAGAGAGAGAGAGAGAGAGAGAGAGACUGUGAUUAACACCCCUAGUAUUAACACAGUGGUGGGUAGCAAGGCAGUACAGUAUUGUGAGGUGCAGUGAGACAGACAGGCGGACACAGUAGGCAGGUGAAAACUGAUGAAUGGCUGGACACUGGAGAACUGGCUGUGAGGUAAUAUAUAGAUAGACAUUUGGUGCUCUAUAGUUCAUCAUGUUUUCUUUACCAUGAGGACUUGUGUGUGAUUUAUUGUGUUAUAAUAUUAGGAAAGUGAUAUUGUAAGUUCUCUGGUCCUCCAUAUUUACGUUUUGCUAGAGUACAGUUUAAUUUCUUGCAGUUUUAUUUUUGCUACAGUUUUCUUCCUAUUCUUGGUUUCUGCUGUUUUAAAGGAUGUUGGGUAGGACUUUCUUGGCUCCACUACACCUUAGGAUACAUACUUAAAUAAAAGACAACAUUCUUUAUUCUUCCAGUGACACUUAAAGCUGUGAUACAUUUCUUCUGUUACCUUAAAACCAUGAUACAUUUCUUCUGUCACCUUAAAACCAUGAGACAUUUCCUGUGUCACCUUAAAAUUAUGACACAUUUCUUCCGUAGCCCUUACAACCAUGAUACAUUUCUUCUGACACUUACAACCAUGAUACGUAUUUCUGUCACCUUAAAACCAUGACACAUUUCUUCUGACACUUACAACCAUGAUACAUUGUUCAUUACCCUCAAAACCCAUGAUACAUUUCUUCUGU